AUGAGUCAACCGUACCUGGACCAGAAUCCGGACAUCCCGGCGCGAGCGCCGGGGUCCGUCAAGAGAGCCCGUGAAAGGGCCGAGGCGGGGCUGUCACCGGGAGGUCGUCCGCUGCGCCAGGCGCAAAUGAACGUCGACUCGUCGGCGAGAGAGUACACCGGACCCAUCCGCCCACGCCCGACUCCCGACCCCCCUCUGCCGACUCCGGCACCCGCGCGCUACAAGCAGGCCAAGAACAAGACGCAGCAUCCCUUGGAAACUCGGAACAUCUCGCGGCCCAUGCGCAUACCCCAGUGGCCGCUUCCCGGCUCUCCUGCUAGUGCCAAGCCCCCGACGAGACUGUCGGCGCCUCAGCGACCUCCUCGCCCAAGCCACGUGCCGUCGUUGCUGGAUCAGUCAAAGGUCCAGUCCCCGGGGCUGUACGUCGCUCAUCAGAAUGACCUGGAGAGCUCUCCGGAAUCGCCCACCGAACGUGCCGGUCUGCCCGUCGAAGACUCCCCCGUCGUGCCCGCGGCCUUUCCCGUUCCUCAACCCAUCAACCCGAGACGGAGCACCGUCUUGGGUCCCCCGCCGUCGAGCCGACGAGGCGAUUCGUCCUUUUACUCGAGAACCUCGUACGUAUCGCCCAUCAUCGAGGAAAGCCCUCGGACGGGGCCGUACGGAUCCUUGGCCUCGAGCGCCGCCGCCACGCCCGAGGUUUGGCGGCCGGGCACCGGGAACUCGAUCAGGGCCGUUCCCAGUGCCGAUCAUCCGACCGAGAGGUAUUCACUCACGGAUGAAAACCAGCACAAGGCUCAGUUCUCCGCCUCAAGGUCUGCCGCCGACGACCAUGCCGACUUCCGGCCAUCACCCUUGCAGAUGCAGCCCGUCUUCUUCACAAGAGGGGAGGCGGGAAACGAUACGCCUACGACGAUGCACCGUCUCAGCGCGGGGCCGGAAACGCUGAUAGCAGCUCCGAGGUUGCCGGAUUCUCACGCGAACCAAGCGUCCCACAUGAGGCAACCCCUGACCAUUGACAUCGAUGCUGUGCGGAAGGCCGAGUCGAGAGGUAGCCUGACGAGUCUGCCCGAGCUGAUACGACGAGCCACCAGGCUGGCCUCGAUGAUCGACAGAGGCAGUCGGCCGGCAAGUCGUACGGAUGAACUGUUCUUCGAUGAGAAGGGCGCCACCGUCGAGAGAGACGUCUCCGUCUCAGACAUGCUGGCCGCCUUCCCACCCCCCGUUCACACCUCUCCCCAGGAGAAGCGGCAGAGCCGGAUUUCCUGGCACCACCGAGCCGGCUCUUGGCAUAGCAUCCCCGACGAACAAGCGAGAGAGUCGGCGAGGCCGAGAUCCAAGAAGAGGGCCACUCGUUGCUGCGGCCUACCCCUCUGGGCCUUCAUUCUCAUCGUCUUCAUUCUCCUGUGCCUGAUCGUCAUCGCCAUCGUCGUUCCCCUCGAACUGCUGGUCUUCAAGAAUGCCGGCAACAACGACGCGGACAAUCCGAACCAGAGCAUCGCCGACUGCCAAAAGUCGCUGCGCUGCCUCAACGGCGGCACGAGUGUCUUCUCGCAAGGCGCCUGCUCGUGCAUCUGCACCAACGGCUUCACCGGCCCCGACUGCAACGCUGCCGGCAACGCAGGGUGCACCACGACAAACCUUGUUGCAUCGGACGCAUCGGCCGGCAUAAACAACGUGACGCUCGGCCAAGCCAUCCCCCGACUCAUCGUCGAGGGCAACUCCAACUAUGCGAUCCCCUUGUCCUCGACGGCCAUCCUGGCCAAGUUCAGUGCCGGGAAUCUGUCGUGCGUUGCGCAGAACUCGCUCGUCACGUUCAACGGGCACGCCACCGUUUCCGGCCAGGCCGGCGACCAGGUGUCCGAUACCAGCAACGGCCAGGUGAAGGCGGCUUUGAUGCAGCAGCUGGAGGAGAACUUCCCCCCUGUCUACAUCAUCACCUACACGCCUGCCCUGACGCCCGUCGAUUUCUUCCCGAACUCGGUCGCUCCUCCGCCGGCUAAUCCUUCGCCCCCCGCAUCAUCGAGCAACACGCCCCGUCCAGCCUUGAUCGUCCCCACCAUCGACUCGAGCUCCUCGAUCUUGACGACGUCGAGCACGACCAAGAGAAGCAGCUCGACGACGCCUCCGGCGACAACGUCGCUUCCGCCGAGGACGACGACGACGUUGUCUUCGUUGCCAACGACGACGUCGGUGGAUCCCGCAUCGAUGAAGUUGUUCACAGUCACGGAAGCCGCCGUCGACUUUUCUCGCGUCGCCAUGCUGUACAUACUGCAGGAGAAGGGCGCCGAUGCCGCCAACCUUGCCCAGAGCGAACUCCAGCGUUUCUUCACCAAGGCAAGCUCGACCCAGUUCAGCAACAAGGCGACGGAAAAGGACGCAUCCAGGGUGGGGGUCGGAGGCGAAAACACGGUCGAUUUGAUCGCCUUUACCGUCAACGUCGGCAAGGGCCCCGUUGGCAAGAAGAAGGCCAAGCGCGCCGUCGAAGAGUAA